AGCUACGGAUAGUUCAUAAUAGAGAUAAUUUGUUGGAACAGUCUCGCAGUCGCAUUCAUUCUGACUGAUGGCGAUUUGGCUUAUGUGCAAUUCCAAUGGAACAAUCACAGAAUCGUGACGUCAAGUAUUCAAUGUAUGCACAAAAGAAUGGCACGCUUUAGUAAUAAAUGGAGAGUGUACCAGGCGGCCGAUAUGAUGGCAAUUUAGGUGACAUCAUGCAGAAUGAACGACAGAUUGACAGAUUUCUUGAUGUGAUCUUUGAGUUUUUAUAUCGCAGGACUGAUUUUUAUCGGCUGAUGAAGCAUGAGAAUGAUUCCAUGGGUCUUCCUCCUGGUGUAGCCCGGAAACAUGUCAUGCAGGCAUAUAUGAAGUAUGAGCAUCUCGCCCAUGGGACAGAAAACCCUGCCACAGCAAAAAAUGAGAAGAAACCAGCAGCAACUGAUCCUUCCAUUGAUGCCCCAGUCGCAGUUGAAUCUGUCGUGGAAGUCACGACCACCACUGAAGUAACCGAUCUCCCAGGUAGCCCUUCAUCAUCAACAAGCCAACCAACUGAAAGGAGCUGUCCCACUGCAUCAUCCACUAGCCCUGCUGCAGGGGCUGGUAGUAGCCCUAGGUUGAACCCUGAUACUGGUGAAGUGAUAGCUGAUACAGCAUGCAGCAGUAGCAGACAGAAGUCACAUGAUACACCACCUGAUACAUCACUUGACACACCGGCUCAAAGACAUAAUCUGAAUGCUGCUGACACAUACAAUGGUGCUUUGAGAGAUAACUACGCCUGGUCACAAACACUGAAGGAUAUAGAUCUAAAGGUGUUUGUCCCACCGACAGUCACCAAAGCAAAACAACUCAUGGUUGAUAUCAAGAAUGAAUCUAUUAAGGUUACCUUGAAGGGCUGUCCAUCUGAUGGUCAAGGUGGGAAGGUUUUAGUUGAAGGGAAACUGAAGGAAGGUAUCAGAGGAGAAGAAACUAUCUGGAGCUUGGAUCCAGGAAAUUGUGUUCAGAUUAACCUUGAGAAGAGGAGAGAGGUGUGGUGGAAGGGUGUCUUGGAAGAUGAGCCCGAGAUUGAUCAGAAGGCUAUUGAUAACACCCAGUAUGUUCACGAGAUGGACGAGCAGUCGCAGACGGAUUACCAACGUGUCAUGUACGACAUGGAGCGAAAGAGACAAGGUCUUCCUUCGAGCAAAGAAGAGGAAACCCAUAACAUCCUGAGGAAAGCAUGGAAUGCUGAAGGGUCACCAUUCAAAGGAUCCGAGUUUGACCCAUCAAAGAUCAACAUAUCUGCAUCUUGAUAUUCUGUUCAAUCUGAAUAGAAAACUCCAUAUGAAAUCGACUUGCUCAAGUAGGUUUAUGUCAGUAGAAUUUUAAUUCAUAUCUCACCGACUGGAUUGAUAAUAGUCGAAAUUGCUUUGUGACUAUCUGCCCACCUGACUAUGAAGGCCAUAGUAUUGGUUUCCUUAUGAUUAUUUUCUCUGAAAAAACAUUUAAAAGGAAUCAGUUCUUAAGAGACCACCUGCAUAUAAAGGGCACUUUUCUUGUCUUCCUUGAGAGGUCUAUAUUUACAAGUCUCACUGUAUUGGUGUCUUUUUUCAUUUUGACACUGAAAAUUUCUUGAUAAGUCAGGGUGACACUGGCUGUAAGGAUGAGGUCAUGAUAGGGUUCACAUCAGGAACUACUACCUGUUAAACAGAAUAUAAAUGUACAAUGAUUGUUCAGCAUGAAUAUCCAUAAUUUGAUGUAAUGGAAGUUACAGUUCAUCUUAAUCGUUUGCAUGACAAAAUGUAUAUGCAUGAAUUAUUUAUAAGUAUAAUUAACUUUCAAUUCACAAUGAAUAUACAGGUAAUUCUGCCUCUAGUCAAACCUCUCUGAACCAUAGAAAUAUAUUUCAAUUAAAAGAUAUUUGACUCAAAGCAAUAAAUCCAGGUUGAUAAUAUCCACUAAUAUGUUAAAAGCGCAUGGAGACAUUAGAUAAUGUGUUAUAAGUAAACACAGGCCUGGUAAACAGAAGAUCAUUAUUGUGUUUUGAUGACAUGGUUUGCAUUUAUCUUAUCUGAAUGAUUUUGAUCCCUACAAUAUUUCUGACAUGAUUUGGAGUGAAAUUUCUGAAUGAACAUUACAAACAUUUGUUGCAACCUUGAUUUACAUUUUAAUCUAAAUUUGAUCAUUUUAACAGGUCAAUUUUCGGAAUAAAGCAAUUGUCUUUUGUUUUUGUAUUUUUCUGUAAAUGUACAUAUUUUGAUAUUAUUUAUUGAGCUGAUUUUCAAAAUAUAUUUCACUUGCCAUUCCAUAAUUUGGAGAAUGUUGUAUUCAAUAAAGAUAAUAAAACAACUUUCAAAUCUUA